AUGACUAUCAGCCGACUAUCCAUUAUUAAGUUCCUUGAACUGGCGCUGACUUGCUCAUGCGUGGCCUUGCACUACCACAGCUACAACGCUGAGGCUGACGUUGGCAUGCUUGUCACCGGGACGUUCGUCGGUUACCUUAUUAUAUUUGCCGGAGCUGCUGCAGGCUACGUUAUGCAGACACCGUCUCACAAGCGCAUUGACAUUUUCUACUCGCUGGUGGGUGUGGCGCUUUUCGUUGCAAGUGGAGCCCUCAUAAUUGACAGAUGGCAACACUAUGGCAAAAGUGAGCUCAAGGACAAAAAUCUAGCCAAAGCUUCAUUGGCUAUCAUUAAUGGAGCCGUCUUACUCGUUGAUGCCGUGCUAACUCAACGUGGUGGCUAG